CACGAGGUCUUAUCUAUUUUGUCACAAACGAAGCCCGAAGGACACGUAGGGCGGUGGUUAUGGUCAAAGACGAAAGGCAAGAAGAUGAAGAGACAGCCGUUUCAGAAAGAUAUAAUUGUGGCUUGGAUUUCGCUAAGAAUCAACUUCAGAAACAUGGAUGGAGCGAAGGCAAAGGACUUGGUAAAGAUGAGAGUGGUAGAGCUAAUGCAAUCAAAGUUGGUGUGAAAAAUAACAAAUUGGGGGUGGGUUUUGAUGUUGGAAAAGAGUUUACAAACAACUGGUGGGACCAAUUAUUUAACAAAGCUGCCAGUAAUAUUGUGGUUGAGCAAUCUGAGAAAGGGGUACAAGUUUCCAAGAAGGAUGAUGGUUCAAAUGAUAUUGUGAGACCAAAGAAGUUAUGGAGAGUUAAAAGAAAAGAAUUGUAUUAUGGAAGAUUUGUUAAGGCCACAAAUGAUGGUGAUGCAUUUCUUCCAUCCACACUGGAGACUCCUGAAGUAAAAGCCAAUUUUACAGAUGAGGAAAUAUUCAAAGCUUGUGGUGGGAGAACAGCUCAUAAGUCUGCUCGACAUGGUCACAAAUUGAAUGGAAAGUUAAAAAGGGUUGCUGAUCAAGAAGGCGAAGACAAUCCCUAUGAAAAAAUAAAGAUGAAGAGAAAGAAACGUUCAAGAAAGUCGUUGUCAUCAGUGCCUAUUAAAGAUACGGCAGACAUUGAUGCACUUAGCCACAAUAAUUGUGAUGAAGAGAUCGAAAAAAAAAAAACUUUACAAAGUGAGAUGGUUUCAUUAAAAUGUUCGACCAGAAAGCGAAGAUACGAUUCAGGCGAUGAGCAAAGUAAAUCUUUACAACCACGAUUUGAAGAGAUACAUAGUGAGUGUGAUCAGAUUUUGGGUAUGUCGGUGACCACCAAGAAAGUUAAGAAAAAAGUGAAAAAGAAAUCAAAGAAGCUGUCAAAAAAAGCAAAAUGACAGACGAUAUUAAAAACGUCAACAUAAGGGAUGACAUUCAUGGACCAAUACAGUAUGCUACAUGGUGAUUUGGAGCAAAAAAUUAAAACGAGAAACUGAGGAGAAGAGAAACGGAUCAAAACUGUUGAUGCCAAGACCGUGAAUUAUUUGGAACGAUUCUUAUCCAAAAAUGUUAUAUCGAAAUAAUCCUGGGCCACAGUUCAAGUCGCGGUAAGUGAUAUGCCUAUAUGCAUUGUAGUUUUGUUUUAAUGCACAUGUUAAACUUGGCAAUUUCCGCGUUUAUAUUUAAAGUUCUUGAAUAGUUUUCUCGUAGUGACUUCUAAAAAAUCUGGCUGAAACAUUUACCGAUUCUUAAAGAAACAACUAAAACAUUUCGAAAUGCUUUAUUUCUUUACCGACAUCCGCAACGAGGUUGAGUUGUGCCGUGGUUGGUGUUUCUUCGUAAAAAUGAUUGAUUUAGCACGUGUGAAAGUGUUACACUGAGCAUUAAAAUUCGCAUUGAAACGCAAGUGCCUACGUUUUGCUACAACAAUGCGUGCUAGUUCGUGUCUUGCUAGUGUGAAAUUUGCCGUUGUUAGUAUUUCUUGGUAAAAAUGAUUGAUUUAGCACAUGUGAAAGUGUUUACACUGAGCAUUCAAAUUCACAUCGAAAGGCAAGUGCCUUCCUUUUGGUACAGCAAUGUAUGCCUAGUUCGUGUCUUGCUGGUGUGAAAUUUGAGAGCGUUAAAGCAAAGAUAGGUUACAGGAAACCACUCGGUUGAUUUUGAAAUGAUUGCAAGAAGGUGCAUCAAACGUUUCUUGCCACGGAACUAUGAUCAAUACUGCACGUAAAACCUAGUAUUGUGUACAACACUAGUCCAUGCUGAGUUCACUUUCAAAAGAUCUGUAUACCCGCUAUCUGCAAAGUGAGGUGAUCCCCAAUUAAGCAACGAUCGUUGUAGGUUAGAAAUGUAGGUUGGCGUUUAAAAGCUCGGUCUACCUCGCAUGUUUUGUUUACUUCAGGGCGCUGGUGCGUCUUGGUCUUGUUUAAUUGAUCAAUGUUAAAACUUGUUCACAAUUUAAAAUAUUUAUCAUCAACUUAUAGUAAAAUAAUCAAUCAAUAACCCUGUGAACCAUAUCUUACAACUGAAGCUAUAUUCACUAAUAAUUUUAUCGAAUUAAGCUUUUCGUCACGUAAUCCUUAAGUCCUCAACCGCGCAAAUUAUAACAAAGAAGUGAUUGAACCAAGCUAGUAUCCGCCUAGAACUUAUGUCCUUGAAUCGUGAUACUUGAACUCUAGCAGCUCUAGCAUCAUUCAACUUUUUUUCAUGACUAUCCUUGAUAAUAUUUUUCAACUUCAAUUUUUUCAACUGCAAUUUUUAUGUUUACGUCAUAAUUAUUCUUCAAAAUAUUUUAACUCGUGCACAAGUAAUUUACUUUACUUUUCGAGAUAUUUUACAUUAGAAUAGCUUAUAUAGGUGCAUGUCGCGCUCGCAAUGUGAAUAGUCAGUAAACUUAUAUAAUGCAGUAUGAUAUACGCGUAAACAGUCAUUAAGAGGUCCAAGGUCAAUCGCGUCCCAAAUCCUCUGUUCUGGAGUACCCAUGUGGAUUUCCUCAAAUUUAACCACCAAAUCAAUGUUUUCCUUCAUCAUGUAUAGGUAGAAGUCUUUGUAUUUCUUCAGAUCUUCCUUCUGUUUAUAGUAAUUUUUCUUUGAUCUUUCGGUCUCUUUUUGUUUUCGGUUCAUUUUUGGUUUGACUUUGGUUGAUUUCACCAAAUUCUGUUUCGUACCCAGCCGGAAUACAGCGGUAUUCUGAUUCACAAUAGCGGGGGUUGGGCGGACAGAUCGUAAUUUGCAGAAGUCGAAGGCCAAAACCUCGGGCGAAAUGUAAGGUGAGACCGGAUGACACUCAGUUUGUGUCAUUGCAUCUUUUGUCUUUAGCGCUGUCGUAGUUUGAGUUGCUACAUAUCAAUGCUGUCGGGGUUGUUUGACUCAUUGGUACGAACACUACUGGAAUAUACCGGACGUAUGGUUCCACUGUAGCGUUCAUAAGGCCGUUCCGUUCUCCAAAUUGUUAAUUGGCUUUUAUUUCUACGUGAGGUCGUUGGAUCUUUACAAUGUUGAACUACUGUUCAUCAACACCACUGGGUUGUCUCUAAACCUUAACAAUAUAUAAAACAACAACGGCUUCAGUGAAGAGCCCACAAGCAUGCGAACAGUCAUUAAGGGAUGCUCCUUUCUUACCCUCCUUUGACGACGUAUCGUAAACAAUACGCAAUUUUGUGGUUUUGGUAUCUUUACGUGUAACUGCUUGAUGGGGUCAAUAAUGUACCUUUUCCUUUGUCUCCAGUUCCCCCACCCUCUCUAUUAUACCUAGGGUUUCCUGCUCUCUUAUGAUCUCAUCAUAUAGCGUUAAUAAGGCCGUUCCUGCACGAAAUUUUUAAAUGGCUGAGUGGGCACGUUUGAGGUAUGCGGAUCCUGCGUUUUUCCGUAUAUUUCUUGCGUUUCUUCGUCGGAAAAGAUAAACACCACAGUGUAAGUGAAACCAUAGCAAACAACGAUCACACUGCACCCCAUUUUGCUUUCUUUCCACCCUGUAGAUCAAACUGGUACUGACAUAAGUCUCCAUCUCCACAAAAACCAGUGAAUGAUUUAAAGAAAGUAUUGUAAGCUAAAAAACAAAGCACGAAAUCAUUGUCACCCAUGUCCGUCUUCUAAUCGACAGUUUUUCUGUUAUAUUUAUGCAAUAUUAUUAUAAAAUGCAUAUAGCUUAUUGAAUAGAAAUAUAUAAAAUAGUUAAACAGGUAUAAAUGAUUAUAACCACUUACAUCCCGGCAUUUUCGUAGUGGGAUAAUAUGAUUUCUUAUGCCAUCUCCACCUAGUGUUCACCAAAGGAUGUGAAUUGGUGGUAUAUUGGGAGAAACAUCCAGAGGAAUUAUCUCGGUAUUGUACAGCUUAGUGCCACGCGCAUUGCAUUGCAGUGCUGUACAACACGACGUUGCAAUGCAUCCGCUAUAUUCUUUUCCAUUUACCCUCAGAAUGCUGGCAGUGAUGAUCCGCGUGGAUCCCAUGCGGGACAUCGGAAGCUGUUGAAUUUUCCCGAAGCUAUGCGUGAACCCGCGCGAAUAGAAUUGUUAUAUAGUUUUUAUUUCUUCUAUUUACGCGAUGUAGGAGGUCUUGUUUAUAGUAAUUUUUCUUUGAUCUUUCGGUCUCUUUUUGUUUUCGGUUCAUUUUUGCUUUGACUUUGGUUGAUUUCACCAAAUUCUGUUUCGUACCCAGCCGGAAUACAGCGGUAUUCUGAUUCGCAAUAGCGGGGCUUGGGCGGGCCAGAUCGUAAUUUGCUGAAGUCGAAGGCCAAAGCGUCGGGCGAAAUGUAAGGUGAGACCGGAUGACACUCAGUUUGUGUCAUUGCGUCUUUUUCAUUACAUCUUCUCCAGCCACAUCGCGAAGGCCUCACCCUCAACUUUUGCGUAUUUGCUUAUUAUACUUGUAUUACUACGCUAUUAUAUGUUAUGAUCCGUCUAUAUUAUUUUGUUACUGUUCGUCCAAGAAUGAUGUAUCGAAGUUCUCGAUGGCGUCCCAAAACUUCUGUUCAGGAGUACCCACGUGGAUUU